AUGUCAACGUCAACCGCCAGUCUAAGUCUUGCAAUGAGCAGCAAUAUAACCAGCGCUCACCUAGAAGAGCCACAGCUGUGNGCUUCCCAAAAUGGUUUCCGAUCCAUUCUUGCCGGCUGGUCUACCUGGCAGUACAUCGUAACAGUCCUCGUCGGUUUAGUGGUCUAUGAUCAAGGUCCAUCAUUCAAAAUCCCGCUCAUGGGCCCAUUCCUUCAGGCAUUGGAUCCAAAGUUCGACUCCUAUCUCAGACAGUGGGCGAGCGGACCUCUCAGUUGUGUCUCUGUCUUCCAUAAAUUUGUUGUCCUCGCGUCCGAUCGAGACCUAGCCCACAAGGUAUUCAAGUCACCUGCGUACGCCGAACCCUGCAUAGUCCCUGUCGCAAAGGAUAUCAUCGGCCACAAAGCAUGGGUAUUCCUCCAAGGUCGUGAUCACGCCGAGUAUAGGAGAGGUUUGACUCCUCUCUUCACCAACAGGGCCAUGGCCACAUACCUCCCAGUUCAAGAGAAAGUGUUGGCCGACUACUUUGACAAGUUUGUGGCUGCCAGCGAGGCAAAUGGGAAUAAACCACUGCCGUUUAUGACCUUGUUCCGGGAGAUCAACUGCGCAUUGUCGUGUCGUACGUUCUUCGGCGGUUACAUUUCUCAGGAUGCGGUCAAAAAGAUUGCAGACGACUAUUACCUGUGCACUGCCGCACUGGAGCUGGUCAACGUUCCGUUCUCGAUAUAUAUCCCAGGGACCAAAGUGUGGCGAGGUAAGCGAACGGCGGAUGCGGUCCAUGCUGAGUUCACCAGAUGUGCAGCUGCAUGCAAAGCAAACAUGGCGAGUGGUGCAGAGCCCACCUGCACAGUCGACCAUUGGGUGCUCCACAUGAUGGAAUCUAACCGUUAUCGCGAAAGAAUUGCCGCAGGAGAGCCCGACGUGGAGAGACCUUCGAACUUGAUCCGCGAGUUCACCAACGAAGAGAUUGGCGAGACGCUGUUUACCUUCCUCUUCGCUUCUCAAGACGCAUCCAGCAGCGCAACAACAUGGCUAUUCCAAAUCCUCGCUCAGCGGCCUGACGUCCUCGGCAGAUUGCGACAAGAGAAUCUGGAUGCACGAGGAGGUGACAGGAACAAACCAUUUGAUCAACCCAUGUUAGAGUCUUUGACCUACACCAAUGCUGUCAUCAAAGAGCUGCUUCGCCAUAGACCACCCGUUAUCUUCGUCCCUUACUUGGCAACCAGAGAUUUUCCGAUGACAUCGAGCUAUACUGUUCCCAAGGGUUCCAUGAUUAUACCGUCAUGCUAUCCGGCUUUGCAUGAUGCUCUGGUCUAUCCACGUCCGGAUGUCUUUGACCCUGAUCGCUGGAUAACUGGCGACGCCGAGUCCAAGACCAAGAACUGGCUUGUCUUUGGAGCUGGGCCGCAUGACUGUCUUGCGAGAAGGUAUGUACCGUUGUCGAUGGCAGGCAUGAUUGGUAAAGCGGCUAUGGAGCUCGACUGGAAGCACCAUGAGACGGAACUUUCGGAGGAGAUCAAGGUGUUUGCUACGCUUUUUCCCAUGGAUGGGUGCCCUUUGGUCUUCACUAGACGCUCCUAG